AUGGAAACAUGUGUGGUCAAGGACGAAGAUGGACUACAGCUAGCGGAGAUGGAUCAUGUUCUGGAACGAUGGCGAAAAUACUGCGCGCAACUUUAUGACUGCAACGAGGAUCCCGAGGUUAGCAAUCCAUGGGUCGUAGACGAACCUGAUAUAUUGCCAUUGGAAGUUCAGAAGGCCCUCAACGCUCUGAAGAACAGGAAAACACCAGUGAAAGAUGGAAUUCCAGUUGAGCUUGGCUUGGCGUUGGCCACAUUAUUAGAAGAGGAGAGGAAAGCUUGGAAAGGU